GGCUCGACAGCGAGCACCGCGUCAUCUGGCAAGGCAGUGGGCCUCCGAGUCAACUGGCAUGACCGCGGGCACUGGGUCAGACAUUGGACCGUCUGGCUGGACAGCGGACAUCGGGUCACCAGGCAUCAGGUCAUUUGGCACUACAGCGGGCACUGCGUCAUCUGGCAAGGCAGUGGGCACCAAGUCACCAGGCACGACAGUGGGCUCUGAGUCAAUUGGCACGACAGCGGGCACCGGUCAUCAGGUACCGGAUUGUCUGGCUCAACAGCGGGCAUCGGGUCACCAGGCAUCAGGUCAUUUGGCUCGCCAGCGGGCACCGCGUCAUCUGGCAAGGCAUGUGGGCACCGAGUCCACCAGGCACGACAGCGGGCUCUGAGUCAAUUGGCACGACAGCGGGGGCACCAGAUCAGGUACGGAUCAUCUGAUCAACAGCGGGCAUCGAGUUAACUGGC